AUGGGUGACGACAAAGUGGAAUCCGAGAAUUGGGAAGUCCGGCCCGAAAGGGUCGACAUGGAACAUUACAUACAGGCCGAACCUGCAUGGGCGAAGUACAUCCCAGGAGGCUACUCAAAGUCGAGAUGCCUAAAAUCAUCGGGCAAGCCCAUGGUGGCAUCCAUCCUUGUCCUCGCAGGGACGUGUCUGCUUUUCUUUGGCUACGAUGCUGCAGUCAUGAGUCUGGUCAAUAUCAACCCCGACUAUCUGCAGCACAUGGAUUCUGCUGGAGGCACGAACCGUGACGCCGCCCGCAUCGGAGGGAUCGUGAGUUUUUGGUUUCUAGGCUUCCUCGUAGGUGCGAUUAUGGCCGGAAGCUAUGCCGACAAGAUUGGUCGACUCAAAAGCAUCCAACUGGGAUGCGUCUGGGGAAUUGUGGGCGCGUGUCUUUUGACUUCUGCUCAGAACUUCUCUUGGAUGGUGUGUGCACGGAUUCUUAGCGGCAUCGGCUGCGGUCACCUCAAUACCAUAGCCCCCAUUUGGACCUCGGAACUCGCAGACUACAACCUACGGGGCGCAUAUGUUUCGGUGCAAUUUACCAUGUGCGUCGCUGGUGCGACUAUGACUUAUUGGAUGGAGUACGCUUGCCUCAAGACCACGUCUCUUCCAUUCGCCUGGCGGUUUCCACAAGCUUUCCAAAUGUUUUUUCUACUACUGAUUGUUGUUGCGGCCAAUUUCUUUCCCGAGACCCCUCGCUAUCUGGCAAAAACAGGCCGCUUCGAAGAGGCCCGCGAAAUACUUCACCGUUGCCGCCUCCGGCCCUCGGAACAGGCGAUUGAGCAGGAACUUGCGGAGAUUCAAGAAGCGAUUCGCAUCGAGGCGACAUCAUCGGCUCAUGGUUUUCUUUCCAUGAUAUGGCAAAAGGAUGCUCUGCAUACCCGCCGUCGCGUUGCCCUGGCCAUGGGUAUCCAAGCUAUGGAGAAGCUCUGUGGUCCUGAUGCUAUUGCAGCCUAUGGGCCCAUCAUAUUCGGUCUUAGUGGAUUCACUGGCAACUUGCCUGCUAUGCUGGCUGGCUUCAACUUCAUAUCCUACACAUGCAGUGUACCAAUCGGCAUGUACUUCGUAGAGCGAGCCGGUAGGCGAAAGCUGAUGUUGAUUGGAUUGUUGGUCAUGGGCUGUUCUCUGCUCAUUGCUGGGCCUCUGGCGAGAGAAGCCAUCAAUACACCAGAGACCGAACUGUCCAAAAAAAGAGCUUACGGCGCCGCAGUGGUGGCAUUCGUGUUCUUGUAUACCUGCGGGUUCGGCAGUACCUGGAUUACCUGCUGCUGGGUCUACCCGACAGAAGUCUUUCCACUCGCCACACGAGCAAAAGGUGUCUCGUUAUCGAUGGUGUCGUUUGCCGUCUGGGGUGCCGUCAUCAACGAAGUCAUCCCCUACGUCAUCAACGCGGUGGGAUGGUGGGUGUUCGUCAUGUUCGCGGUCAUGAACUUCAUCCAAAUCAUCCCCGUUUGGCUUUUCUAUGUCGAAACAGCGAAUCGACACUUAGAGGAUCUUGACAUUCUGUUUGCCAGCGACAGUCCUUUGGCGUAUAAAAUGGAACGUGAGUUUGCCGAGAAGAAACGCGCCCUUGGCUUUCACACCGAUGUACAAGAGGUCCUGCAAACCGCAUGA